ACGUCGCGAGGUGGAAUUUCCCAGGUUACGGCAUAGACUCAGUAGACUACUUCCGCAGUAGAUGUCUGUCUAGCCACAGAGACGAGAGGCCACAGCAAGCUGAAAGUUGAGAAGAUCAUGUUUAGUAAGUGAACGACGGCGAUGGAAGGGAAAGGUCCAUAUCGCAUCUACGAUCCCGGUGGGAGUGAGGUCAAGGCCAGGGAUGAGGUUGUGGGGGGCAGCAGCUAUCGCCAGCUGCUGGAGGAGAACAGCAUGCUGAGGGAACGGAUGAAGGGACUUAAGAGCUUAGGUGAUCUUUUGGAAGAAUCCCAGUCGGAGGCUUCAAAGCUUCGGCAGCGGGUGGAGGAGCUGGUGAGGGACAACGAAGCUUUAAAGUCGGCCAGCUACGCCGCCAGUCUGUGCGCGGGAGCGCCCGUUCACACCGAGGCUCAAAGCAAACCCUGUUUACACCCCACUGCAGAGAAGGAGGAGCAAUCAAGCUGUUUAGGGAGAACACUUCAGCCAGAGAAGCCCCAUGAGGCCUUAUUGGAAUCCGAGAGAGUGAACAUAGAGGGAAGGAACUCUGAUGCCUUGGCUGCGGGGUUGGUGGCAGGAGCGCUUCCCCAGCUUCCUCAGGAGAACAACGAGCUGGCGAGUCAGCUGAAGCGGCUGGAGAGCUCUUUCAGCAUAUUUGCAGAGGAGUCAAACCCAAACCAGCUGUUGGCUCACCUCGGCCGCAUGGCGGUGGAGUUUCACCAUCUCUCCUCGAAGGUCCAGAAGAACGAACAGAGGACCUCUCUCCUACAGACGCUGUGUGAGCAGCUCAGACAGGAAAACAAUGAGCUUCGAAAGAAAAUGGAAGAAGAUCAUCAUAUCAGGAAUCGAGACUUGGAGCAGCUGAGACUGGAGAAUCAGAAACUGAAGGAGCUGGUCACGGGAGGAACAGCAGUGGUGUCGACUGCUUCACCGUCAGAAACGGAGACUCCAGAGGCCAAAGACGAGCCGGUUAAAGAGGAAUCUCCGGCUGUUCGACCUAAAAUGGAGGCCACCACACCACAGAAGAGUGGAAAAUCAGCAGAGAAAACCCCAGCUAAAGCAUGUGACAUAGAGGUGUACGAAAAGAAGAUCAAGCUUUUGGAGAAGCAGAGAAAGGAUGUUCUGGAGGUGAACAAGCAGUGGGACAUUCAGUGGAACGCCAUGAAGUCACAGUUUGAGCAGAAGAUCACAGACCUCAGGCAACGUCUUGCCGAGUCCCAGAAAACCGUGCUGGAGCUGGAGGCCGAACGAGAGCAGAGGCAGCGCGACUACGACAAGAAACUGCUGCUGGCCAAGUCCAAGAUCGAGAACGUACAGGGCGAGAAGGAGUGUUUAAACUCUGAAACAACUGAGCUGAAGCAGAAGGUUCGCUACCUGCAGGAUCAACUGCUGCCCCUCAGCAAGCAGAGGGAAUACCAGGAGAAAGAGAUCCAACGCCUAAACAGGGCCUUGGAGGAAGCCUUGAACUUGCAUUCCCCCUCAGCCUCUCAGCAACCUCCUGGACCGGGGAACUUUGCAGAUGCAGCCAAUAACCUGAAAAAACAGGAGCUGCUCACACAAAUUGCUGUACUAAAAGAACAGGUGAAAAUCUUCGAGGAAGACUUUAGGAAAGAAAGAAGUGACAGGGAGCGAAUGAACGAGGAGAAAGAGGAUCUGAGGCGGCAAGUUGAGAGACUYCAGGGUCAGAUUACCAAUUUGACCAAUCAACUUCAUCAGGCUCAGAACGAGUGUCAGAGAGAACGCACAGAGAGAUGUAAGCUGGAGAGACUGCAGAUGCAGCAUCACAAACAGGGGCAGCAGCAGGAAAGACGUACCUCAGACCCCACGUCGGGCUCAGUGAACGGCCCGCUGAGCCCUCCCUACUGUGGUCCCUUUGUGCAGGUGGGAACGCAGGGCCUGGAGGGCUGGCCCAUUCACUUCCCUCCCCGGAUGCCCAACGCAGCGGGCGCCACGGCAGCAGCACUGCAGUGA